AUGUCAAGCAAUGGGGAAAGUGCAGACUUUAAUGUUGAAAGUGAUGUUCUGAAUCUUGAUGCUGAAAUGGAAGCAGUUUUUAUAGGUGCUAACCCUAUAGCUGCAACCAUGAAUGUCUAUUUGGAUGGAGAUAGCAGCACACAAACAUUCUACCAUCAAGAGAACAAUACUGAGUGUUUUUCUGAAUAUAUCAGUCCUUUCAAAUCCAAGGCAGCAUUUAUCUUACAUGUCUUGUUCCAUAGCAAUAAAGAUCUUUCUUCUGAAAGAUCGAUCAAGAAAAUCAUGUUUGCAAUAGAGAAAUUGGAUUUUACAAAGCCUGACGCAAAGAAUGAGAUCCCAGUAUUUCCGACAACAACAUGCACUGCCGUAAAUCGAAAAGGCCAAUGCCAUGAAUUUUCAAUCAACAAACCAUCUGAGUAUAUCAGGCAUAUUCUGGCAUGUCCAGGAAAAACGGCGCAGAUGUCAUCACUUUCUGAUUUCACUGAAAAUCAAUGGUUGAACCUCAACCAAGGCACCAAGUACAAGGAAAAUCCCAUGUUUCAAAACCCAAUGAUUAUAUCUGAAGGUUCGGAUUAUUGGAUGCUGCCCCUGAUUGUUGAUGAUUUUGUGGAAUUGGAGAAAGGAAUUGUGAUGUACUCCAAAGAUCAUGAUGAAGAUGUUCUGGUUGUAGCUCCUCUGCUGGUGUUCAUGGGUGAUAAUCCUUGGCAAUCGCAACUUGCUAUGCACAGUAAAACAUUGAGAAAGCAUUUCUGUAGGAAAUGUCAUUUAGAAGCACCCCAAAGCACUCAAAAAGACAACACAGCAGAGAUAUCUUAUCUUCCAGGCAAUCAUAAUGGAGCUGAAAAAAUAACAAAGGAAUUCUUAUAUGCUUUUGUCACUGUCAAUACAGAUUCAGAAUUGUAUAAGCAUAGGUGUGGUCUAAACUAUAGCAAGAACGGCAGCAAAGAGUUUCUCAGACUUGAGGCAUUUGAUGCAAUAAAAAACAUGCCCAUUGAAAUUCUUCACACCAUCCCACUUGGCUUAUCACAGUAUCUAGUCACUUAUCUUUUUAAGUUCUCAAGAAUGUCAACAGCAGAAAUUGCAAGGCUUGAGCCAGCUCUGAGUUCUUACAGAGUCUGCAAGAGCUAUAACAGAAGAUUCAGAAACUAG